CAGAUCACACGAACGCGUGAGAUUCUCUAGAAGCUUCGCCACUAGAAGACUAAGCCCUGCAACCAAAACCCAUUUGCUAUAUUUUUUUUCAGUUGCGACUUUCCGAGAGAGCUUGAAGCCGAAACAAAACUUCAGAAACGCAAAUGGCUACCAUCGAGAAGAAGGAUUUGGAGGGCAAGGUUGGGAACGAGAAGGCGCUGAAGCACCUAGGGUUUGUGAGGAUCGCGGCGAUUCAGACGCUGGUGUGCGUUUCGAAUCUGUACGAGUAUGCGAAGCAGAACUCUGGGCCUCUGAGAUCGACGGUUGGGACUGUGGAGGGUGCUGUCACCACCGUCGUUGGUCCAGUCUAUGAGAAGUUCAAGGGCAUGCCUGAUGAUCUUCUUGCUUUUCUUGACACCAAGGUAGAUGAAGCCACGGGCAAGUUUAACAAGCAUGCUCCUCCUUUGGCUAAGCAGGUUGCAAGCCAAGGUCACAGUUUGAUCCAGACGACUUUGGAGAAGGGCCAAAAAUUUGUGAAGGAGGCUCAAACUGGGGGUCCUCGCUCAGCCAUUCAUUAUGCAGCUACAGAAUCUAAGCAGCUUGUAUUUAACCAAUCUGUGAAGCUGUGGGUUGUACUUGACCAGUACCAUCCAAUCCACAAAGUGGCAGAGAAGGCUGCACCAACAGCUGCUCACUUGUCCGAGAAAUACAACCACACCAUAAGGGACUUGACCGUGAAGGGAUAUACCAUCUUCGGUUAUUUGCCCUUGGUUCCGGUUGAUGAUAUUUCCAAAGCAGUUGAGCAGGGUAAGGCUGGGAAGAAGGGAGAUGCAGCUGUGCAUGUUGAGCAUAAAUCUGAUUCUGAUUCCGACUGAGUGAAGGAGUUGCUGCUUGUUUAAAUUUCUUUCUAUGCUCUUAGUUUGAAUGGUCUUAUGGAAUCUAGUUGUUAUAGGGUGAGUUUGAAGGAAUGCUGAUUAGCUAGCUACUAUGUAAAUGACUUCUAGACCCUCUUAUUCUAUUUUCAGUUUGUGAAUGGAUGUCAAUGGUGUAGCCAAUCUGUUUUGCUAUUCUAAAUAUGUCAAAUCUUUUGGUCCUUUGUUCA